GCCACCUUUGCCUUCCACACUUCACUCACUCGCCCAGGGCCCACGAUUCACAGCCUGCUCCUCUGACUAGGUAGCCAUAUUCCAUCGCCGUUGGCAGCCUGCCACCAUAAAAUCUCCCCCUCCAGGUCCUGAGUCCUCGCAACUCCACCAGCUCCCCGCUCCGCCACACCACCACCUCACCCAAACCGCAACCCCACCACCGCAACCAUGAAGCUCACCUUCAAGGAUUUGAAGCAGCAAAAGUUCGUCAUCGAAGCUGAACCUUCGGAAACAAUUGCCGAUGUCAAGGCGAAGAUCUCCGCAGAGAAGGGCUGGGACGCAGCGUUGCAGAAGCUGAUCUAUUCCGGCAAGAUUCUACAAGACAGCAACACAGUCGAGUCCUAUAGCAUCGAAGAGAAGGGCUUCGUCGUGUGCAUGGUGUCUAAGCCCAAAGCAUCUGCAGCAUCGUCAAGUAAGGCGGCACCGUCUACACCAGCUCCCGCAGCAGCCCAAACUCCCGCAGCUCCCGCAGCACCGGCACCAGCCUCAUCCUCUGCCGCCCAGAAUGCUCCCGCGACCCCGUCACCCGCCCCGAGCAACCAGCAGACCAAUACCGAAGGCAUUCGGUUCAACGAUCCGUCAGCCUUGACAAUGGGGAGUGAGCGGGAUGCUGCCAUCGCCAAUAUGGAGAGCAUGGGAUUCGCUAGGGCUGAUAUUGACCGUGCUAUGCGGGCUGCAUUCUUCAACCCUGACAGGGCGGUCGAGUACCUCCUAACUGGCAUCCCGGAAUCAGCACUUCAAGAGUCGCAAGCGCAAGCUUCGCCGAGACCGCCUCGGAGUGGCCCAACAUCACCGCCUCCGGCGACCGGUGGCAACACCGCUGCGACUCCUGCGACUGGGGGAGACGAACCCGUAAAUCUAUUCGAGGCCGCUGCGCAGGCAGGACAAGGCGGCCGCGGAUCUGGUACUGCUCGGGCUGCUCCAACGGGGGCGCGGGCUAGCGCUGAGGCUGGAGCUACGGCUGCCCAAGCCCUCGGUGGAAGCAGCCUCGAGUUCCUUCGCAACAACCCCCAAUUCCAGCAGCUUCGUCAAGUGGUUCAGCAACAGCCCCAAAUGCUAGAGCCGAUUCUGCAGCAAGUAGGGGCCGGAAACCCUCAGUUGGCGCAGCUCAUUGCUACCCAUCCAGAGCAAUUCCUCCAGCUACUCGCUGAAGAUGCCGACGAGGACGCCCCGCUCCCCCCUGGAGCACAGGCCAUCAGUGUGACAGAGGAGGAACGGGAUGCAAUUGACCGACUAUGCCGACUCGGUUUCGAGCGCGAUCUCGUGAUCCAGGCCUAUUUUGCUUGUGACAAGAACGAAGAACUGGCCGCAAACUUCCUAUUCGACCAGCCCGAGGACCCAGAUGAGCAAUGAUCGCUUCGAUUGUCAACAACUCUCGUUGAUUGAUUUUCAUGCCCCCCUCACGAUCGAGCACGAACGACAUGAAACGGUCCUUCUCUUCCAGUGGCGCUGCAAUCAUUUUGCUUCCAUUAGGCGGGGCUAACUCUCUCAUCGCUGCGGCAUGGACAUCCUCCUCUUUUCCCAUUGGUUAUAUCUUUGCUUAAUGGUGGUAAGAUACCUUGCUCCGGAUUCUACCUUUCCUGAGAGCAGAAUCGGGAAUGGAACGGAAUGGGGGUAUUUGAGUGGGUUGUAGAUAGCUCUCGGCUCUUAGGGGGAUUGCAAUAAAACUACUUCAUUGUCGAU